GGAGGACCCAGAAGCUGCUGAAGCUGGAUGCUGAUCUUCAUUCUCUGCUCCACCAUGAAGCUGCUGCUGCUGGUUCUUCUCUGGACUCUGAGCUGCUCCAGUCUGCAGGCUCCCUCUCGAGAUAAAUGCUCCUGUGAGCUGAAGAACUCGGAGAAGGUUUUUCCUCACGACCGGCUGAAGACGGUGGAGAAGAACGCCUCCGACUGUAACAGCAGAGUGACGCCACAGAAGGCUGAAGAACUGGAGGUUCUCCUGCUGGGUCUGGACCGCCGUCUGGCCCAGCUGCAAGAAGACGUGUCCGUCCUGGAGAAGGAGGACGAUGGAGAUCUGUACGGAGUCCUCAGCCUGAACAUCAUCCACAACGAGCUGAUGGAGAUCAGACUGCUGCUGGACAAACUCAACACAACCACCGAGGAGCAACACAAGCUGACUGCUGACACUACACACAGGCUGACCCAGCUGAAGGAUGAGAUGGAGGAUCUGGAGCAGCUGGACUCCAUGGAGGUGGUGAAGGAACGAAGAAACAACCAUCGCCUGAGGACCAUACUGAAGCGGUUCCUGGACAAACAGAACGUCACAGUGGCUCAAACCCAGCCUCCAUACGGUACAUGUUCUCAGGGUCCGCUGAAGAACGUCACCGGGCCAGUGGUCCAGACGGCCGGAGAGUAUCCGGGCUCGUAUCCGUACGGUUCCUGGGGUCGGGAUCCCAAACCAGAACCUGGGAAGGAACGCUGGUACUGGAUGGUUCCGAUGACGUCCAGCAACAGAUACAAUAACUACGUCCGCCUCUACCACAGUCUGUACAAGCUCAUCGGAGGAGAAACUAACAUCGCUAACAUCCUGAUCUCCUCCUCCAACCCGACCACCAACACCAUCCAGGGUCCAAAUGUGGUUCUGUACGGAGGAUCUUUGUACUACAACUGUUACAACCAGCGUCAAGUUUGUCGAUUCCACCUGACCACCAAAACUGUGACCAACGUAGAUCUUCCUCAAGGCACCAGGUAUAACUCCAAGGGGAACUUCUGCCACCUGGAUGAGUGCUACCCGUACACCGACCUGGACCUGGCCACAGACGAGUCGGGCGUCUGGGUGGUCUACACCACCACCCAGAACUUUGGUAAUCUGGUUCUGUCCAAGCUGGAGGAGGGAGAACCGCCAAAGCUCAACCAAACCUGGCACACUUCGGUCUUCAAGCAGGGGGUGACCAACACCUUCAUGGCCUGUGGCGUGCUCUACGCUACACGCUACGUUAGCAAAAACGUGGAGGAGAUCUUCUACUCAUUCGACACGACCACAGGGAAGGAGAGGUUUGAUGUCGGCAUCUUCAUGAACAAGAUGGCCACCAACAUCCAGGCCCUGAACUACAGCCCUGUGGACCAGAUGCUCCACGCCUACUGUGACUCCAAAAUGGUGUCCUACAAGGUUCUGUUUGGGUAAACAGAUUGUUGUUUUUAA